CUGGAAGCCCAGGCGCGCACUGGAAGAGCAGACUACUCGGGAGUGGUCCCUCAGGAUGGAACAGUAACACCGGCAACGGACGCGCCACCGCCCGAGCGGGUUGUAGGGUUAACCAUGGUCCACACGCACGCUGCUAACACGAGUCAACAAGCGGCGCAGGUGGCUCUAGUAUUAUGGUCAGCUUUUAUCUAUCCUUCUCAGCAUCUUGGUACCCUUUUGCCCUUUAUUGCCGUGGUGAAGCACAAAGGCACAGGGGUCCAGAUGAGGGGACGAGACGAACAUGAGCUCACUCCAAUAGUACGCCAGGCCUUUAGCCCAGAGAGUUUCCAACAGCUACAAAAUAAUCCGAGUAAUCAUUUGCCAGCAGCAGGCGGCAUUGGUGCCGCAAUCGCCAACUCGCAGCUUACACAGCCGGCUCACGGGAGUUAUCGACCGGGAACAGUAGACGGCAUGUUCCAAAACCCUUUCACCCGGUCAGCUCGCACACGGGACACAACACUGGGACAGCAACCAAUUCUACCGAGCCGCCCGAAUACACUUCUUGCGGGGGACUUGAACCACAUCGGGACGAAUAUUUUGCCACGCGCAGAGUUAGGGCCAUUUGUGAUUGUCGCGUAGUGGCUUCAUUGUGGUAUGUCUUUAAGAAUGAUUUAUAGGGAUUCCGUUUUCGAUUUGAAGGGAAGCAGGAACAAGGGGUGGAAUCCACUUGGGCUUAAACAGGAACUCAGUAAACUCUACUAUAGUGAGGAGAAACUACGAUGACGGCCGCUAAUACAAAAUCAAGCGCAAGGGAAGCAGCCGGGAUAUCAACUGCCGAUUCGCAGCGCGAAUGGCCCCGCAAGCAGAGAAGUGAUGGACGUGCUCUAUUUUGGGGAUCACGUGAGAUUAUGGCAAGAAGCCUCUCUGACUCUAUUAAGUAUUUCAUUCAAGAUUACUAUCUUACCGUUCGCGUCUAAUGAGAGCUCGUCCGCUAGAAAAGUUUGCGCCAGCUGUGAUGACUGCGGACCAUAGGGCACGAAUGUACGCUAUUUAUGCGCGAAACCCUCCUCGCCUCAAUACGCACCCCCUUCAACGCUGGCGGGGUGAUCCUGGAGCAUAUGACCUUAAGGCAGUGAUGGUGAUCCUUGUUUGGGAACAUUCCCACUUUCUUGCAUGAAGAUGGACAAGAACAAGUUCCUUUGCCACCUUGAAUAUGUGAUAAAGUUAGAGCAGUAAGGCCAAUAUUAUUACAUAGCGGGCUUCGAGUUGACACGAGUUGCUCGAGUUGCCGAGGCGAGGCCCUUCAUUACUGGAACGAUUUGCCUGAAGAAGCUAGCUGCGUCGAAAUGGUAGCAAAGGAGUGCGGAGGGGGCGCCAAAGUACUCACUCGGAAAGCGGGGCGCCCUCUUCGGGAGCUCCUUCGCAGAGGAAGGCUGGGGUGGCGCUGCUUCUUUGCGUUUGGGGUCGACAGUGGCGCGCCUGUUCCCACGCAGUCGCGGCGGUCGGGGGCAAGUGCCUCGCCCUUCUGUGCUUGUGGAUUGGUUCGCUGGGGAAUGUCAGCCUGGGACUGGGCUUUCGGUCUUCGACGUUGCGGUGGGAGGGGUCCCCGCCACGGUGGGCGCGUCGCUGGCUUGCGGUCGAAGGGUGCCCCUGUGAAAUUGAGAAACACGCGGCGGGGGCUGUCUGGGCGGGUCGUGGUGAGUGCGGUUCUCCUUUGGUCGGCAGGCGGGUGGGCUGGUGUGGUACAUGCUACACCCCCAGGCCCCCCGCGCUGGACCCGUUGCGGGCAUUUUGCUGCCCCUCUUGGCUGUCUUCCACGGGCAAACUCCCCUUCUUUUGGCCAGCAGUAUUCUUGUCUUCUAGUGCUUCAACGUCUGGCCAAGCCUACGCCCGCAGGCCGCAGCGGGAAAACUUUCAUGGAGCAGAGACACGGUUCGCAGCGCCGUGCGCUCCUGUUCGGGUUUCUUGGCGUCUCAUGAAGCUGCGCCCGAAGGGCGCCGCGCAAAAAAUUAGGGUGGGCAACUCGAGCAACCCGAGAACUCGACUCGAUACGGGUCAAGAAAAGCCUUCCUCUGUGAUAUUGCUCUCUUUGUCGUGGUCUUCUAAAGAGAUCUCUAACACUCGGAGCCAUCAUGACCGAGGCUAUUCGCGGAGCCCCAGCCCAUCACCGAACGGUGGCGGCUCGUCACCUUCGUCAGCGAGCGGUGGGCCAUGGUGUGGGGGUCCGUCGAGUUCGUCAUCCUCAUCAACGAGUGCGCCAUCGAUGAGCGCGUCGUCGA